AGUCACUGGACGAUAGUCAGGCUGCAUUCAACGUGCAAUCUCCGAGAACUUGUGCUUGCAAAAUUAUUUACCAAAUAUAUAUACCCGAUAUAUAUACAGUUGUAUGUUCAAAGACACAACGCAAUUAGCGAUUAAUAGAUGCGCACACGGCGUAUGCGUAAUUUAAGUGAAUCCAAGUAAAAGUGCGCGUGUUUUUAAAUAAUUAACAAUUUUAAAUAGUAAACUAUCCCAUUGAAAAAAAAAACAUAAUCAUACAUAGCGUAAGCCUCUUUAACUUUAUUACAAAUUAAUCGUGCUAUUAAUCAAUUAACCAAGGCAUCUCGUUGAGUACAGUUGCCACCAGAAAAACAAAACAACUCAAUCAACCCCAAAAACCAGAACGAACAAAGGCGAGCUGUACCGAGCCAAAAAAAAUCUCUAAUCAAAUUAUCCGCAUUAUCUGCAAUCGAGUCGACCAAGCCGAGGAAAACUUUCAACCAGAACCCAUCCAUCAAGCAACUUCCCUUCACCGAAAGCAAUCGCAGCUGUCUGAAUCUGCAAAAGGAUGAAGGCAAAUCAAGCUGAGUCCGGGCGCAGUAACUACGAUCGACGGCAUUGAGGAUCUCGGAUCUCGAGGUGGAGGAGCGAUCUCGAUCUCGAGGUGGAGCGAGGAGCGGAGGAGGAGUGGAGGAGUGCAGCUGGGGGAGGAGUCCUGGUUACAACACUACAUGGAUCGCAGAAAUGGCGGCGAUCCCUUGGCGCCACCCCGGCCCCCGAAGUUAUUACCGCGCGUGCAUCGACCAAGGGCGCCGGAGCCGACGUUAAGUGGUGUCGACCAUAACGCAGGAGCAACUGCAUCCGCACUAGCAUCAGGAGCAUCAUCUGCAGCACCCGUAGCAAUCCAUAACAACAAUUCACAGCAGCAACUUAGUAUUAGCGCCGCCGCGAGCAACAACAAUACGAUAUCGAUAAUACCCGCAUCGCCGGACUUCGACGACUACCAGAUCCACCACCUGACCUUCCUGCCCCAGCGACCCAGCAGUCUGAGCCGGAACAGCAGUACGGCAUCAUCGACUACGGCGACGGGCAUUAGUGUCUCCGGUUCGGGAUCUGUUUCGGGUUCGUCGUCCAGCUUCACGAGACGUCGACCGCCGGCACCUGUACCGCUGAACAACAGCAUCAGCAACAACAACAACAACAGCAUCAACAACAACUUCCUUAGUCAUUUCCAAAGCGCUGAGCCGGCGAGCAACGCUCUGGGCCAGCCGCCCGCCUCCCCCGUCACGCUGGCGCAACCGCGACCCGAAUCCGAAAGGCUAACCAAUGAGUAUGUGGACACGCCGCUGCAACAUGCGACGCGCUCGCAGCAUCCGGCUGGCCAGCAGGAUAAUGGCCAGACGACCACCCACCACCUGUUGCUGCUGCCCCAGCGGAAUCAGCACCUGCACCUGCAACAACACCAGCAGCACCUGCAACAGCAACAGCAGCAGCAGCAACAGCAGCAGCAGCAGCAGCAUCUGCAGCACCAGCAAAACCAGCAACAUGCGCGACUGGCGACGACGACGCAGGCGACGUCCGUUGGAAGCGACCACACCGAUGGCUUACUACAUUCGCACCUGCAAAAUAGCACCACUAAACCACCCGCCUCGAAGCAGCCGGCACCGCCCAGACUGGGAAUGGGCCUGGGUUUGGGAUUGGGUCUCGGUCUGAACCAGCCCAUCAUCACCAAGCAGCCGACACCCGCCACGCAAAAGGAGCGCAUGCACGCGCUGGAGGAGCUGCUGCAACCAGGCGGAGCCGGCGGCAACGGAGGACCCCUGGUGAUGGCCGGCGAUCCCAGCCUGCUGAAUCCCAUCGUCUGUCCGCGAUGCGGUCGCUGUCGCUGCGAGCAGUGCCAGAGCCCCAGGCCACUGCCCCAGACGUGGGUGUGCAACAAGACGUGUCUGUGCAGCGCGGAGUCGGUCAUCGACUAUGCCUCCUGCUUGUGCUGCGCCAAGGCGCUGUUCUAUCACUGCGCCCGGGACAACGACCUGGACUGCGAUGAUGGCAACGGCACACCCUGCGUGGAUAAUCCCUGCUCCUGCGGCCCCUACAAGCGCACCCAGAGAUGGGGCUGGCUGGGAGCACUGUCGAUCUUCCUGCCCUGCCUGUGGUUCUACUGGCCCAUGCGGGGCUGCAUGAAGCUAUGCGAGAAAUGCUACGGCAGGUUCGCCGGUCGGGGAUGCCGCUGUCAGGGCAUCGGCGGAGGAGGGGCAGGUUCCGGAGGCGGAGUCGGUAGCAUUGGAUCCACCAGCAGCAUGCUGCCCAUAGUGCCGCUUGGGGUGAAUGGCAGUGGGCUGGGUGGCGGCGUGAGCCUCUCCGGCGGCGUGACGGAUGGUGGACUCAACCAAGCCAAUGGCAAGGCCAUGGAUCAUGGAUGCAGUGCCGCCAGGAGCAUACUGCGAAAGGGUGACCUCACCCCGGAGAAGCGGCUCCUGGACUCCAGUCCCGACUACUAAGGGUCCAUUCCAUGUGUCCGGUUUUUUACCCGAGCAAAAAGCCUAAGGCACAAAUGGGAUGCUGGAUCGUGGACAUAUACACCCAUAUAUAUACGGAAAAUAUUUAAUAUAUGAUUUAAAAGGAUAUAUAAAAAAAGAGGAAAGAAAGAAAGAAAGAAAAAUUAAAUAACCAAAGACUGCAAACAGAUAAUUAUUAAUUAUUAGAAAUGUUAUUUAAAAAAUAAUUUUUUGCUUAAAACAAAUCGAGUGGCGACGAGUGGAAAACAAAACUGACGAAACGAAAGCGAUUAGGAAUUAUUUUUCGAACGAUUUUUUUGUAUUAUUUGAUUUUGUUUUACUUGCUUAAUUAACUCUUCAGUUCAACGUUCAAUUUCUAAGUCAAAUUCUUACUUUAUAAACAUAACUAUAAUAGUUGUAUGCAAAUAAUUCCAAUGAAUUUUCCACAAAUGUAAAGUAAACGGGGCGAAAGUUUUUAUUAUUUUCAUAUACAAAACUGAAAAAAACUGAACAAUUUGGGGCAAGCGUAACAAAACACCAUAUUAUAUAUACCUAUAUACACACACGGGAGAACUUUUAGAGAAAUAUUCAAUGGCGUAAAUUAGUCAAAUAUUAUAUAUACCAAGUCCAGUCCAUUUUUGAUGUUGUAGAAAGAACAGAAACAAAAACCGAAAACUGAAAACUGAAAAUUACACAAAAAUAUUUUAGAACUUUACGAAUUUAAAUCUUAAAAUUGAUAUGUGUAUGUGUGUGUAUGUUGAGGGCGACGAACUUUUCGAUAAAUUUAGAGCAACCUAUAUAGACCAGUCUAAAUGUGCUUAGAAACCGAUAUAGAUGUACUGCAAACCAAAAGUCAGUUAGUUUACUUUACCAACUACGAAGCCGGAACAAAUCUGAGGAGCGAAAAUAUGGGAUAACGAAAUCGAUUGCUUAUGAACUUAUUUUAUAGUUGAAGAUCGAUUGGUGGGUUCGUAGUGUUUCCAGCCAGAAGCCCCAAAAAUGUGAGCAAGAUUGUAUAUAUGAUGAAAUUUUUAAGCGAAAUGCGAGAUACAAAAUGCAAGCAAAUUCCAAAUAAUAGAAAAACAAAAAACAACAAAGCAAAACUUAAGUGUAACGAUAAACCCACAUGUAAAUGCAGCAAAAUACAAACAAACAAAUAAACAUUUUUUGUAUAGAAUAUCCAUAUGAAAUAUGACAACAAAAACAGUGGCAAAUUAGCAACUUAAAACAAAUUUAUACACGUAAAAGCAAGAAGCAAGCGAAAAAAUUAAAUUAAAGAUUAAUGUUAAACACUAAAACACAUUACUAUAUGCUAUAUAUGUAAUCUGUAUAUGUACUAUAUAUAACUAUAUAUAUAUACGCCUAGAUAUACACACUGAAAACUAUGCUUAAAACUCCUAACUUCUAAAAAAAAAACGCAACAAAAAAGGAAAAAAGAAAAACCCCAAAAAACAAACUAAAAGCUGGAAAAACUCCUUAAAGCCUAGCCGUUAAUGAAAAUUCAAGAAGCGCAGACCUACAACAAAAACAGAAAAAAUUAUACACGCAUAAAGAUAAAGAUAACGAUAAAGAUAAAUAUUAAUAUUUAAGGCACUCUAUACAUACAAAAGCUAUGCAUAAUGAAUAUUUAUUUUAUUUGUACAUUUCAUUAUAAUAAAAUAAACUGAGUAGAAAGUGGACGCGUUGAGUAGGACGAGUAUGUGGGGUUUUCACUACGAUGCCCUGGAGAACCAGAAGAACUUUAUGUAAUGUUUUUAGAAUGUAUGUUCCGUUGAAAACUACAAAAUAAAAAAAAUCAUAUAAUAC